AUGAGUACUACAUGGGAACAUCUCGCGGCCGAGAAACGGGGCCACAUUGAUAAGUCCAUUCCUUCAGAAUGGAAAAUUUCUCAGCCUGCCCAGGCUAAUGUCAUGGAUGUCCCGGCGAACUCGGGGAUUCUCUCAGCCGAGGAGCUCAAGAUUACCGAAUCCACGGCGACGGACUUGGUCAACAAGUUGGCAAAGGGGGAGUUGAAAGCGGUGGAUGUGACGCUGGCAUUUUGCAAACGUGCGGCAUUGGCACAUCAAUUGGUCAAUUGUGCUCUGGAAUUCUUCCCUGAAGCAGCCCUGGCGCAAGCCAAGGAAUUGGAUGAGUAUUUCGAGAAGCACAGGAAGCCAGUUGGACCGCUGCACGGAUUGCCAAUUUCUUUAAAGGACCAGGCGCGAGUGAAGGGAAUUGAAACCUCCAUGGGAUACGUCGACUGGAUCGGCAAACACGAAACCUCCGACUCCGUUAUAGUCUCCCUCCUUCGCAAAGCCGGAGCUGUCUUCUACGUGAAAACGAGUAUUCCGCAAACACUAAUGGUCUGCGAGACCGUUAACAACAUCAUCGGGAGAACCGUCAACCCCCGGAAUAACAACUGGUCGUGUGGUGGUAGCUCCGGAGGUGAAGGUGCCAUAAUCGGAAUCCGGGGAGGAGUAAUCGGUGUUGGAACAGACAUUGGUGGCUCCAUCCGUGUACCGUCGGCGUUCAACUUCCUUUACGGUAUCCGUCCUAGUCAUGGUCGAUUGCCAUACGCGCGACUCGCAAACAGUAUGGAAGGCCAGGAGACAGUCCACAGCGUGGUUGGCCCAAUUGCGCAUUCUGCAGCAGACCUGCGACUGUUUUUGACUUCGGUUUUGAGGGAAGAGCCCUGGAGUUAUGACCCCAAGGUCAUUCCCAUUCCCUGGAGGUCUGAGGAAGAAGAGGAUACCAAAAAGAAAUUCAAGUCUGGUGGGCUGAACCUGGGAUUCUUUAACUGUGACGGCAAUGUCCUUCCUCACCCACCAGUCCUCAGGGCUGUAGACACCGUCGUCAACACACUGGCAAAGAACGGUCACAACAUCAUUCCAUGGACUCCGUAUAAACACGACUUCGCAGUGAACAUGGUCAACGGUAUCUACGCCGCAGACGGAAGCACUGACGUCUACCGCAGCAUCAAUGCCUCCGGUGAACCCGCCAUUCCCAACAUCAAAGACCUCCUCAACCCCAACAACCCCAAAAUCGACAUCAACGAGCUCUGGGAUGUUCACCUCCAAAAAUGGGCCUACCAAUCCGAAUACCUCACCCAAUGGCGCCUCGCCGAAGAGCAACUCGGCGCCGACAAAACUCUCGACGCCAUCAUCGCCCCCAUCACCCCGACCGCAGCUAUUCGCCACAACCGCUUCAAGUACUACGGCUACGCAUCUGUGAUCAACCUGCUCGAUUUCACAAGCGUGGUUGUUCCCGUUCUGUUUGCGGAUAAAAAUGUUGAUGUUAAGAAGGAGGGGUAUGAGCCAUUGAAUGAGAUGGAUAAAGAGGUGCAGGAGGAGUAUGACCCGGAGGCGUACCAUAGAGCACCAGUUGCGGUGCAGGUUAUUGGAAGGAGAUUGAGUGAGGAGAAGACAUUGGCGAUUGCGGAGGAGGUGGGGAGGUUAUUGGGGAAUGUGGUGACUCCGUGA